AUGGCGCAUUGGAGUGGUGAAUUCCCUGCACGUAUCGGAAAAAGGAGCGUUGCCAAAGUGUACGUCGAAUGGAACGACGGAAUAUUUAAAUCCCACUUCGACGACGCAAGUCGAGUAAGAUAUAGACUGGAAAAAACGGGCGAGGAAUUCGAAGUGCAGGCCCGCUGGCAACACUUGCAGGUUGAGUUGAGGAACAUUGAAACCCGGGAUAACCUGAAAGGCAGCAAGAUUUGCUUAGGCUGGAAUCAUAAUAGUAACACGAAUUUUAUUCUUGCCGGUACUGGCGGGAAUUACACGGGAACGGGGAUGGAUGCCGGUAAUUGGAUGCAGCGAAACCUUGCUCUCAUUGGAAAUAAGACUUUAAAGGACAUUUACAUUCCCGGUUCUCACAAUGCGGGUAUGUCCUUAAGGUCAAGUGGAACGAUGUUUGGAGAAGAGUGCAAUACUGUGACGCAAAGUAAAAGUGUUAAGCAACAGCUUGAACUGGGCGUCCGCUACCUUGAUAUUCGUCCCGUUAUUAGCGGAGGGAAGUACUAUACCGGCCACUACACGAGAGUCGACGCGAUAAAUUCGUGGCAAGGAGCAAGUGGAGUGUCCAUAGAAGACAUCGUGAAUGACAUCAACGAUUUUACAUCUUCGCGUAACGAAUUAAUUAUCGUUAAGUUAUGGCAUUCAUUGAACACGGACGUCGGUAAUUCUAGUUACAGGAAAUUUGAUAAAAGUGAAUGGGACGGUCUGUUUGAUCAACUGAUCAACUUGAAGUCCCGUGUUAUCGGAAAUUACGAUGACGUUACCAAACUGAAAAUCGGUGAGUUAAUAAGCGAGCGGUCUAGCGUUGUCAUUGUUUCAGAAAACAAUGACGUUGGGAAGUGGAAGUCUGAGGGGGUUUAUCCUGCAUCUGCGCUCCUUGUUUAUGAUAAGUACGCGGAUACAGACUCGCUGGAUAGGAUGGCGGACGAUCAGAUUCAAAAACUGCGGCGCGAGUCUUCUGGCGAGAAAUUGUUCCUACUGUCGUGGACGUUAACGCAAAGCGCGGUCGACGCGGUCUCUUGCGGAUCUUCAGACGUGUGGUCGGACAUAGGUUCUAUCAUUUUCCUCGCGGACCACGCAAACAAGGCGCUGUCCGAAAGAAUCUACCCCGAAAUUGUCCGCGGACAUUACCCGAAUGUUAUUUACCUCGAUAACGUCGUUGAUGAUCAGGCUGCUGCUUUAUCCAUGGCCAACAAUAUUACAAAAUAUAUGGAUGAAUUGUAG